CAUUGUUCUUUUUACUGUAUACAAACUCUGUUUCAUUACUCAUUCUUCUAGUUCAGUUAGUCAGAUUUAUUGACCAACUAUUCACCCUGUUUCUCUAUAGCUUAUACCUACAUUUAUUUUGCCAAGAUAAACAAAUACUGGAGGUUAAACUCCAGUGCAAAAUACUGCAAACUGCAAACCACCUGUGUGACAUUAGUAGUCUAUUUGUUCAUGAGAGUUUUCGCCUAAAACAGCAAUCACACAGAAAUUAACUUAUUGCAGACAUGGGAUGGACCUGCUAUGUUUUAUGGUUUCUGUGUUUGUCUUUGAGUAAGUGUUGGCAGCUGCCCGACUCGCAACCAGUGAUACAUGGGGAGGUCCAUUCCCCACAGUAUCCCCAGCCUUACCUUCCCAACCUAAAAAUGGAAUGGGACCUCUGGGUUCCUGAGGGCUACCAGAUCCAGUUGUCCCUAAAACAUCUGGAUAUUAAAACGUCUUCAGGCUGCUAUCAAGAGUCUUUGACGGUUCUUGAUGAUCAAAAGAUCUUGGAAAAGUUUUGUGGUCAGGCAAAUUCAACUGACCACCCAGGCAAACAGCCGAUCCUUUCUCAAAGCAACAGACUAAGUCUCAUUUUCCAAACAAGUGACUCCACUGCAGAGGUCCAACGUCACACUGGUUUCUCUGCUACCUACAAGGCAAUAGACGUGGAUGAAUGUUCAAAACCAGACCCUGGAGAUGGCUCAGGUCCACUCUGCACCCAGAUCUGUGUCAAUACCCCUGGGUCUUACCACUGCUCCUGCCACAAUGGUUACAAACUUCAUUUAGACCAAUACACUUGUUUGUUAUCUUGUGGUGAUUGUAUACUCAACAAACAUAAAGGAAAGCUAUCCAGUCCAGGGUACCCUGGCCCCUCACCUCCUUUUCUGUCCUGCAAGUACAUCAUCUCUGUGGAGCCCAAAUUCACUGUCACUCUCAACUUCACUGACAAAUUUCACAUAAGGAGUGUGGACACUGAGCAAGGUCCCAGGUGUUUACAUCACUGGCUGCAGGUGACCAUCCCAGACAGAAAGCCCAUGAAGCUGUGUGGUGGAAAGAGUCCAGGUCUGAUAGCUACAAAUUCCAGUACUGUCAGACUGGACUAUCAUACUGAUUAUGAAGGCCUGAGUCAUGGCUGGAGCCUGGAGUACACCACAAAUGAGAUCAAAUGUCCACUUCUGGGUAAUGUCUCCAAAGGCAGAGUGACUCCUGUUUUAAAUGAAUAUUUCUUCAGAGAUUACAUCUAUGUGACCUGUGACCAAGGAUACAGGCUGAUGAUGGAUGGUCAUGAGAUCAGUACAUUCUCAGCCAUGUGUCAAAGCGAUGGACAGUGGCACCUCCCUCUGCCAAAAUGCCAGAUAAUUGAUUGUGGUGAACCCAAACCUUUGCUGAAUGGAGGGAUGAACUUCAUGUCUGGCUUUCAGAAUCAGUAUCAUUCUGUUGUUCAGUAUCACUGUGAUGAACCAUUUUAUACUCUGUCUAGGCAUGUAGAUGUCAGUUUUACCUGUGAAGCCGACGGAAAGUGGAGAUCCAACCACAGCGAUGUCACUCCAACAUGUAUACCUGUUUGUGGCAAACCAACAAAACUUAUCUCAACCUAUCAGAGGAUCAUUGGAAGCAGUGCAGACAAUACCAUCCCCUGGCAUGUGCUACUGGAUAUAAAUGGAAGAACAGGAGGAGGCAUGCUAAUUGCAGACAGUUGGAUUAUGACUGCAGCUCAUGUCCUAACACAUUAUGGAAAUAUAACAUCAAGCGAGGCUGUGUGGGCUUACAUGGGACAUACAGAUGUUAACACCUUGAAGCUAUCUCCUAUCUAUGCUGCUUCAGUCCAUGUUCACCCCGAAUACAAUAACCCCAACGGCUUAGACUACAACGAUGACAUUGCCUUGAUCAAACUGCAAGAACCAAUCACCUUCAACUCCUCCAUUAUGCCAAUAUGUUUACCUGCAGAGGGUGCCACAUACACCACUGACAUGAUAGGACUGGUGUCAGGCUUCACCAUCACAGAAACUGACAACCAACAGAUCUUCACAAAUAAACUGAAAUAUGUGCACCUCCUUGUGGUGGAGCAGAAGACAUGCAGGCGCUCAGUCAAUAAGCUGAAGAAGACAAGAGACAAUGUACCAAGUCUGACAAAUAAUAUGUUUUGUGCUGGAGUCCCUGAAGGAGGGAAGGACUCCUGUCAUGGUGACAGUGGAAGUCCCAUCGCCCUGAAGGAUGACGGACGGUUCUGGGCUGCUGGGAUUGUCAGUUGGGGGGUUGACUGCAGACAGCAGGGAAUGUAUGGAGUCUAUACCAGAGUCGCUAACUACGUGGACUGGAUCAAAAAGACUAUUCAAGAAAAUUAAAUUUACUAUAUUUCAUUACGAUGUUGAUAAAACUUGGUGUGCUGAACAAAAGCAGGCAAUUAAAAACAAAUGA